GGUUACUAGUACGUGGGGAAUUUGAUCCACGGUCUGAUGUCCUUGAACCCGGCUGAUGGUUUUGGUUGGCCGUGGCAAUACAAUUUCCCGCCUUUUUUCACCCUCCAACCAAAUGUCGAAACGCGAAGAAAGCAAAUAAAUGCAUGGUGCCAAUUAGUAAUUGAUUAUUUCAAAAGCAGAAACCAAUUCUCUGUCAGUGUUGCCGCCAUUCGUGACCCCACUUGUCCUCUUUUUAAUAAUAAGAGUAUCCAACGCUCAGCCAGUCCAGAUUUAAUUGCCCUCAUAUUGGAUGAGUUGUGUAGGCGUGGAAAUUUGGAGUGGCUUGAUAAAUCUCAUAACAAUGCUAGGAUUGUUUGGCGAACAGCUGAAGAAUGGGCUGAUCUGAUAUCUAAAUGGGCUCGAUCAACUGGCCAUGGGAAUUCAGUUUGCACAUUUUAUGAGCUAACUGACAGUGAUAAUACAAGACAAGAGGCUUUUCAUGGACUUGAUAUAACGGUUUUGAUAGAUGCAUUGACUGUACUGCAGAAACGCGGCAAAGCUGAAUUAAUGGGAGAUGCAGGUGUUAAGUUUUUCUGCUAGUUCUUUGUGUUGAUGAUUUGUGGUUGUCGAGUGAUGCUUCACGGAGAAUUAACCGCUUCCUAAUGAAAAUGAAUCCUUUAUAAUAUAUAAAUCUUUCAUCUGAGAACUCUUUGGGUUUAAAUUUGUUUUUUGUUUCGAUUUCUGAUUUUAUUUCCGUGUAAUUUGAAAAGAUACUUUUUUGAUGUUUAGAUUUUAUAUUUGUUGACAAAGUUCAGUACUACCAAACUAUUUUGGUUGCUAUACUAUAUAAUGCUUUAUUCGUGCUAGAAAGAGCUUAAUUGUAAGCAAAAUAUGUACAGAGUGACUAAUAAUGUAAGAAAAGUUUUUUUUAUUUUCACUUCUUGUCGCUGGGAUUCAUUUUCCCAGUGGAACUGUUACUUGUGUAUAUAAAUAAAUGAAACUUUAUUUUAUGAAAUUGGUAAUUCAUAUCCAUCAU